UCCCGCCUCGGGUGUGCAUCUCUCGCCUUCCUUUUCGCAGCCUGUUUGAGGAGCCUCUUUUCUUCCGUCGGCGAGGUGGGACCCCGGGAGACGUCGCCUGCAUGGCCGCCUCUGUGGACUUCAAAACCUAUGUGGAUCAAGCUUGUAGAGCUGCUGAAGAAUUUGCAAAUAUUUACUAUGAAACUAUGGAUAAAAGGAGGCGGGUAUUGACCAGACUGUACACGGAUGAUGCAGCACUAGUUUGGAAUGGGAAUGCAGUAUCUGGGCAAGAAGCACUUACUAAAUUCUUUGAAAUGUUGCCCUCUAGUGAGUUUCAAGUUACCACCUUUGAUUGCCAGCCUGUUCAUGAGCAAGCUACUCAAAACCAAACCACUGUUCUUGUUGUAACAUGCGGGACUGUCAAAUUUGACGGGAACAAGCAACAGUACUUCAAUCAGAACUUCUUGCUAACAGCACAAACUACAAACAAUAAUACAGUGUGGAAGAUCAUGAGCGAUUGUUUCCGCUUCCAAGACUGGCCUAGUUAGUGGGCAGGUACAGGUGGAUUAUUUCCCUCUGGACAAGAUGCUUGGGGUUCGGGAUGGCUCUGGAUCUUGGGAAAUUGCCUUUCUCUCAUCACUUCUUUGGACUACAGCUGUUGUCAGGAGCAGUGACUUCCUGGUAAAAUCCAUCCUGUUUUUAACCGAAGAACUUCUGUGCCUUCAAGAACUUAUUGGGCUGCAUCAGAAGGAAAAUACUUCCUUGGUUUAUUGGUAUUGAUGGCUAAUUUAGGUAGCAGUGGAACCAGUCCAGUAAAUGUCUUUAUCUGCUUUCCGUUUUCGGUACAAGUUAAACAUUCACACCCUCAAAUGUUUUUGUACAAGACCCAUCUGUCACAAGGCUUUUUUUUUGUUGUUCGAUGAGAAAUUAAAGUGACUGUAACAGAUAGACAAA